AAUUCAAAGGGAGAGACAAAUUUCAAGCCCUUCAAAUUUGGACUCAUCUCUUUAGACUUAUUCUUGUUUUGUUGAUUUUUACUUCGUGUGUUUUUAUAAGGCGCGCGCGUACUUUGAUCAUUCCAUCGGGAAAUCUGACUACCGGCGCCGCCGCCGUCUUGAUUCUUCUUGCAGGAGCGUAGAUGUCGGGGCCACUCGACCGGUUCGCUAGGCCUUCAGGCUUUGAAGGUAUUUCGAGUAGUGAUGAGAGGAGAGAGAGAAAAUCUGAUUUCGAGAACUCAGAGGAUGAAAGGCGCACAAAAAUUGGAUCCUUGAAAAAGAAAGCUUUAAAUGCAUCUACUAGAUUCAAGCAUUCUCUCAAAAGGAAGAGUAGCAGUAGAAGGAAAAGCGAUGGCCGUGUCAGCUCUGUAUCCAUUGAGGAUAUUCGUGAUCUCGAGGAGCUGCAGGCAGUUGAUCAAUUUCGACAAGCAUUGAUUAUGGAAGAAUUGCUUCCAGAAAAGCACGAUGACUAUCACAUGAUGUUGAGGUUCUUGAAAGCAAGGAAGUUUGAUAUAGAUAAAGCUAAACACAUGUGGGCAGAUAUGCUCCAAUGGAGGAAGGAGUUUGGUGUUGACACCAUCACGGAGGAUUUUGAGUUUAAUGAAUUGAAUGAGGUUUUAAGGUAUUACCCUCAUGGUUAUCACGGUGUUGAUAAGGAGGGAAGACCUGUGUAUAUUGAAAGAUUGGGAAAAGUUGAUCCCAACAAACUAAUGCAAGUUACAACUUUGGAUCGGUAUGUAAAAUACCAUGUCCGGGAAUUUGAGAAGGCCUUCAGUGUAAAGUUUCCUGCUUGUACAAUUGCCACAAGGAGGCACAUUGAUUCAAGCACAACAAUUUUAGAUGUCCAUGGUGUGGGCUUUAAGAAUUUUACCAAGUCUGCCAGGGAACUAAUUAUGCGGCUGCAGAAGAUUGACGGUGACAACUACCCUGAGACACUUCACCAAAUGUUUAUCAUUAAUGCUGGACCUGGAUUUAGGUUGCUGUGGAAUACUGUGAAGACAUUUCUGGAUCCCAAAACAACUUCAAAGAUCCAUGUUAUUGGAAACAAGUACCAGAGCAAAUUGCUUGAAAUUAUUGAUGCCAGCGAGCUGCCAGAAUUUCUGGGUGGUAGCUGUACUUGUGCAGAUCAGGGAGGUUGCCUUCGCUCUGAUAAAGGGCCUUGGAGAAAUCCUGAAAUAUUGAAGAUGGUUCUUAAUUCUGAAGCAAGGCGUCCCAGACAAGUUGUAAAAGUUUUGAAUAGUGAUGGAAAGGUUAUUGCUUAUGCUAAGCCAUAUCUUCCAAUGCAGUUGAAAGGUAGUGAUACAUCCACGGCAGAAUCUGGAUCAGAAGCUGAAGAUAUUGCAUCCCCAAAAGCAAUGAGGAACUAUUCACAGCUUAGGCUGGCCCCUGUUCAUGAAGAAACUAAGGUUAUUGGGAAAACAAGCCACGCUGGUAACUUCUCAGGCUAUGAUGAAUAUGUUCCAAUGGUUGACAAAGCUGUUGAUGCUACUUGGAAUAAACAAACCCCCCUCCUAUCGCCUUCUGCUUCCAAAGGUGCACCAACAUUGCCUGAAACACCCAGAGCUCCAGAAGGAUUCCAAGCUCGGAUUUUGCUGACUGUUAUGGCUUUUUUCAUGACACUUUACACUCUGCUGCGCUCAAUAGCUUUCAAUAUAACCAGAAAGCUUCCUGGCACAGUGUCUAGUACUGAACAUACCCCUGAUGCAAUUCAAAGGGAAGAGCUUUCUUCAUCUCCACCUCCACCUCCUUCUCAGGAAGAUGCAUUAUCUUCUGUGCUCAAGAGGUUGGUUGAGCUUGAGGAGAAAGUUGAUAUACUACAAGCAAAGCCAUCUGAGAUGCCUUGUGAGAAAGAGGAAUUGUUGAAUGCCGCUGUAUGUCGCGUUGAUGCCUUAGAAGCAGAGUUAAUUGCUACCAAGAAGGCGCUUCACGAGGCUUUGAUGAGGCAAGAAGAACUUCUCGCUUACAUAGACAGUCAAGAGGAAGCCAAACUUCGGAAAAAGAAGUUUUGCUGGUGAUAAUGCCUUUUCCCAUGGAGAGACGCAACAAAUCCCACUUAGUGUUUUGCCCUCAUUUCUAUUUAUGACAUUGAAUUGAAUACAAAUCUUU